CACAAAAGAAGCCAGCUCCGGCCUCUGACGCGGCUAAAGCAAAUGCCACGCCGCUCAAAAGCCCAGCCUUUCCCGAUUUCUCUACCACCUCGACCUAGGAUGAACUAAAUCUCGAGGUGCUCAAUUCGGCCUAUGGUCAUGUCCUCAAACUUCAGAUGCUACCCCAGGAGGUCGAGGAGGGUGAGCGGGCGCUUCAAGGAUGGCGCCACGGCCUCACGCCAGACUACCCCCCCGGUGGCCCCCCCCAAUAGCCCCCGGGAUACCCCGCUACACCUCAUCCAAUACAGUGGCAAGAUCCUGAAGGUGGCACUCGAGGUCGUCAAGAAGUCCGCCGAUGGGGGUGUCCAGGCGAUUGUCGAGAAGGUCGAGGGCGUGGAACUGGAGCACGAAACUGCCAGAGCCGCCGGCGAGCCAGUCUGGGUGGGCGCACCCAAGCCGGCCCCAGUGCAUCACCUCGUCAGCCUCCAAGUAGCCGACUUCCCAAACCUGGUCGUCGGCCUGGCCUGCGACGAAAGCAGCUUCGGCAGCGACUGCCGCCUCAGCGAGGUCCCGAACGCCGUCGCCACCGGCGAUACCAAGUACAAGUGGCCGCUGAGGCAGCUGGCACACGCGUGCCACAGAGCGAACACGAGAUAUGGAUAUCUCGCGCUGAGGAACGGCAUCCUAGCAUGCUGUUUCACCCUGUCCCCGGCGGCGGGGCCGGCGAGGCGGGGCGGGCGGCUGGGUAAUGACUGGCAGGUGUCCAUGAAGCCUGUCAUGUGGUCGCAGAGCGGCGACAAGCAGCUGACGGCGGACCUGACCCUGUGGUGGAUGAGCAUGAUGGCCAUCUCGGGAGAGCACAAUCGAAAGCUCGUCCCCGAGGCCGAGCGGGUCAGCAUCAACCACUGGGACGAGAUCCAGGUCGAAGGGGGCGCCACGGUGCUUCGGCACCACUAUUCCCUGGCCGAGAAGCCUGCGUAG